AUUCAUUCUGCCCUCGUCGCGCAUCAGUCCAAAGCUUUGAACACACUCGUCAAUGGGCGGAUGAAAGAGGCCACAGAACGGCAAGCCAUAUGGGAAGAGAUAGAUGAGGAAACUUUUGUUCGUUUUAGCCAAUACGUAUACACAGGGAACUACGACGAAGCAGAGCCCAAGAAGCGUGAGGCCGAAUUGGUCACGCCAUGUCCAACCGAACAUGAUAAGGCUGUACUUACCGAAUGGAACACAAUGCCGCCGCACUUGAAUCAUAUGUUACUACGACAGAAGGGUGCGGGCAAGCCUCCCGUUCCGAUUAAGAAAAAAGACACGUUGUGGAACAAAUUUCAGAAGCUCCAUCCAUUACCAACAGCUCCCAGCCCUUCGUUGCGUCCUAACGGACCAGAUGAUGACUACAACGAUGUGCUCCUCCGUCAUGCACGGAUAUAUACCUUCGCAGACUAUUAUGGAAUAGAAGCUUUGCAGACCCUGGCCCUCCAUAAACUACGCCAGGCAUUGAUUCAGUUCAAACUCCAUGCCGGAGGCUGUGGCGAUAUAGCUCGGUUCGUGAGAUAUUGUUUUAAUGAAACUGUUGAUAGGGGAGAACAGGCCGAUCCGUUGAGAUCACUUGUCUGCUUGUAUGCUGCAUGUAAGGUGGAAGAAUUAUGGAAUGUCGCUGAGUUCCAAGAUCUUAUGAUAACGUUGCCUGAGUUUCCCGCAGGCCUCAUUACGGCCAUGCUAGAUCGGCUGGAUUAGAAGUCGAUUGUCAUGCGCGGGAAGAAAGAUGUACCGCUCCCUACAGCCUAAAGACAUCCAUAUGUAGGUAUACUGAAGAAGGUUUUAAAGUCAGUCACCAUGUCACGAAUUAUUCCAAUCCUUAGCUACCUGACCUUUAUCAUAAUCACAUGGAAAU